AUGUCCUUUGCGAAGCAGACGGAGGAUGAGGUGGAAUCACCAGGUGCAAAGAGUGAGAAGAGUGACAAGAGCGAGGAUGUACCAGUCCGCAGGCUAGAAACAGCAGCUGUUGUGAUCUCUUGGUUCGUGCUGAAUAUUUCAAUCGCGAGCUCUACUAAGUGGAUUUUCGUGAAGGGCAGCAUAUGCAUCCAGGGGACCGGCUGCAUGCAGUACAAGUUUCCAGUGGCUAUCACAGUGAUCCACAUGAUCUUUUCGUGGAUCUUGUGCCGCUUUUACAUCUUCCACAUCCGAGGUGAUGAGAAAGCUGGCUUGACCUUCCAGCAGCAACUUAAGGAAAUCAUGCCCUUGUCAAUUUGCUUUGCCCUAUCGGUUGCAAUGGGAAAUCUGUCUUUAAAGUACAUCUACCCAUCCUUCAAUCAGAUGCUUGGCUCCAUGUCGCCACUUAUCACUGUGCUCUUGGCCGUGAUCUUCCAAAAGAAGCGCUUCUCCACGAAGACGUGGCUGUCAAUGCCAGUGAUUUGUAUGGGCCUGGCCAUGUGUAGUGUUAAGGAGUUGAAUUUCAAUGCUCUGGGGGCUUUCUACGCGACAGGGGCAACGGUACUCCGUGCAGUGAAGUCCUUGAUUCAAGGGAGGCUACUGUCACCGUCCCACAAGCUGGACUCAGUAUCCUUAUUGUACUACAUGGCACCGAUAUCGGCGCUUUGGCUCUUUUUCCUAAUGCUCCUCAUGGAGGGUACGGAGCCAAUGAUGCUACUGCUGGCGCCCUGGUCUGCAGAGCCCGGAGCGCCAAUCACCGGGGUUGGAACUGUGAUGUACUUGCUGGUGCUUUCAGGUCUCAAUGCCUGUCUCCUUAACAUUGCCAACUUUCUGGUCACUUCCUAUACCAGCCCAGUGACCUUACAGGUUUUGGGCAAUGUGAAGAGCUGUCUCUCCAUUGGCGUAUCUGUGGCCAUCUUCAGGAACAGCCUUACCUUUGAACAAGCAGUGGGAGUUGGCACUUGUCUCUUGGGCGUUUGGCUCUACAACCAGAAGGAACCUAAGGACUUGGCUACCCCUUGGCCUGUUGCGAACCGGCAGCGAUCCGCGGCAGAAAAGGGUGUGAGAGCCCGGGCCAUAGGUGGUCAACGUGAAGUCACCGUGAAGUCAGCGUUACUUGAAAGCAGCGCCACAGCCCUCCUGGCCCUGCGGGCCCGGCCACGUGGCGGCAAGUCGCGGGCUGCGCUGAAUGUGCUAGCCUUUCUGGCUGGCGUCUCUGGGCUGGCCGUGGAGCAAAGGCCUGCUGUAGCACCUGGACUUCUUGCACAGGUUUUGUGGGGAAAGGGCGGGGGAGUGCAGCAAUUGCUCCAAAAAGUCCUUGUCAAGGUGUCUGACACAGCAGUGCAGGGCCGACAGGAACGAGUGGAGAACAUGCUGAGCGCAGAACAAGCUGCCUUGCUUUCGCAGGAGCAGGCGCAGAUGCAACGAUGCAGAAAGUAUCAGAAAGUGGCUCUGGAGUCAAUUGCAGCCCAGCAGGCCUCAUUAGCACAGCAACAGCAGGCGCUGAAAGAGCGCGAGGCUAAGGUGGAGGAGGAGAUCUCGCAGAAACUUGCAGGGUUGGAUGCUUCCUUUGCACAGGCCUUACGGAGUGCUGUGACGCAGGUCUGA